AUGACUACCAAUACUCCCUCAAUGGUGGCUCGGGAGGGACGGGAAAACCAAAUCUAUAACCCUAAAACUGGGGCUCGUAUGGUCGCUGGGUGUGUGUGUCUAUCUCUCGACGCUACUCAAGUGAUGAUGGUGCUGCUGCUGGCCCACCCAGGCAAAUGGGUCCUCCCGAAAGGCGGCAUUGAACGCGACGAAAUCGAUAACUACGCCCGUGCCGCGGAAAGAGAGACGUGGGAAGAAGCCGGGGUCACGGGGAGAAUCACCCUGAAGCUUCCCGUGGUGUUUGACCUGAGAAAACAUGCUCCCGUGAUCAAAGGUGAUUUUGACCCUCAUACUCAAGUUCCGAAACUGGAGUUUCAUUUCUUCGAAAUGGUGGUGGAUAAAAAAGCUGACAAAUGGCCAGAGUCAGAUAAACGCCAGCGCCGGUGGUGCACUUACGCCGAGGCGUGCCAUGAACUUACCAGGGCUAAACGCCCGGAAUUGGUGGAAGUGCUCAAUCUGCUGAGACUAGCUCACGGUUAA